AUGACUUCAAACAUAGCCGAAUCUUUGAAUAAUGUUAACAGGAUAGCAAGGAGGUUGCCAGUGAUUUCAUUUCUUGAAUUUAUGAGGGUAACAGUUCAAAGAUGGAUUCAUAAGCACAAUGAGGAGGCUGCAAAAACUAGAUCAGAGCUUACAAAAAAAUAUGAUCUUGUGCUCCAUAAAAGUAUUGCUUUGUCUAGCAGUAUGAGGGUAAUACCAUCAACAGUUGAUAUGCAUGCUGUUGUUGAUGGACCAAAGCGCCUGAAGAAUUUUCAAGAUACAUAUGCCAUCCCUGUUGAACCUCUCCCAUGCGAGAGUACAUGGGAUAUACCAAGUUAUGUUUCAGAGCCUAAAUUGAUGCCGCCUGGUCCAAAGAGAGCAGCAGGAAGACCACAACUGGAACGCUGGAAAGGGUUUGCUGAUAUGAUAUCUGAUUGGAAUUAA